AUGGCCUGUAUAUGUUUGAUCGGCGUUACGCUGCAAACGUCGGCUACCACCGCCGCCCAGUUUACCCUGGGCCGGAUCAUCAACUUCGCAAUGACGGGGUUUUGCAUCGUAGUCACCCCGAUCUACCAGUCUGAAUGCUCCCCGCCGUCUUUGCGGGGGAUGAUCUCGUCGACUAUACAAUUUCAGAUUCUGCUCGGGCAGGUCAUCUCCUCCCUGGUCAACCUAGGAACAAGCCAUAUGGAUACAGAUGCUGCGUGGCAGAUUCCCGUUGGUAAUGACCCUACUCUUCAUCGAGGCUCUCUUGUUAAUAUAUUCAAGGUCUCCAGUUCGUUGUGCCAGCUUUUAUGUUGGGACUCUUACCGUUUAUGCCAGAGUCUCCGCGAUGAGCAAGCACUGCACUGCUUAUCCAGGCUCCGCAAUAAGGAGGCGGACGAUCCGAUGAUCUCAGAAGAGAUCCGAAACUUGCAACAUGACCACAGCAACGAAUCCAAAGGGCGAUGGAAAGAGCUUUUCGAUGAUGCAAAUCGGACCAGGACAUGGAUUGCAAUUCUGGUCAUGUUCUUUCAGCAAAUCACCGGCCAGGCAUUUGUGUCGCAGUACAGCGUGUCCUUCUACAAAUCACAGAAGAUUGGCGACCCCUUUCUUCUCAAUGUCCUUCAAAAUAUAGUCAGCAUGAUCUGCAAUAUGAUCACUUUUACAUACGUCGACAGUCUUGGCCGCAGGUAUGAGAAUCUCCCACCCACUCUUCAUCGCGGGCUAGCCACUACACCCCACCCAAGCGAGUCUCAAAAGAACGCAAUGGCGGCGUCUAUGAUGAUCGCGUUCGGAUUUUACGGGCUCUCAUGGGCGCCGAUCUCGUACAUUGUGCUGGGAGAAGUCUCCAACAGCCGAGUGAAGGAAAAGACCAGCAACCUGGCGGUAUCUAUCUCCGUCAUCACCACCUUCAUCGUCUCCUUUACCGUCCCCUACCUGACUAACGCACCUUACGCCAAUCUCGGGGGCAAAGUGGGAUUCCUCUACGGGGGUAUCACGUUCGUGUCUGUGGCCGUGGCCUACUUCUAUGUCCCCGAAUUAAAGGGCCUGUCAUUGGAGGAAGUCGACCGGCUGUUCGCGACUGGACGCCCUGUUCGUCGCCUCAGUGGGAGGAUGCUGACUCUGGCCCACGAUGACGACACGGCAAUGAACAAGCCGUAG